ACAAACUUGCUGGUUCAAGGAGAGAUCAAAUCCGCAGGAAUGAAGACAAUUGUGCUGUGGGCUGUGAUCGCUUUGGGAGGUGUGUCAAGAAUGAGCACGGCUGCUCAUCAAAAUCACCCCUAUGGAGUUUCAUUUGAAAACGGUACUUGCACAUACCGAAAUAUAACGCUCAAGGAUGGAGACUCUGAUAACUUUCAAUAUCCAUGUGAACUUUGGACUUGCAAUGCUACUGCAAAAACACUAACUGUUGAAGGGUGCGGUGUGGCACGAUACGGAAGCUGCCGGUACGUGCACCAUCCUAGAUUCUACUGGCCGCAUUGCUGUCGCAUGAGUCGUGUCUGCUAAAACAAAUAACGGAAAUUACUUUGACUUCCGUGAAAACAAUUUUUUUGUCAAUAAAGACACGAUAUUAAA